AUGAGUGUCGAAGAAGAAUCGACUACAAAUAUAAAUGUUCAAUCAGUGAACAUUCCACCGCCACCCGAGUUUAAUCCAGACUCUGAAGUUGGCGCGAGUCUCGCUACCCGCUGGAUUACAUGGAUUGAAGAUUUUGAAAUGUUUUUAACAGCGAGUGGAAUCAAAGACGAAACGCAGAAACGUGCCUUGUUGCUGUACCAAGCCGGUUCUCGAGUGCGUGAGAUUUUUCGCCAGCUAACCGAUACGGGAAACGCGAAUGACUACAAGACCGCUAAGGACAAAUUAAGAGAAUAUUUCGAGCCUCAAAAAACCGACGAUACGAAGUGUUCAGAUUCCGCCAAGCCAAACAAGAGUCAAAUGAAACCCUGGACCAGCUUCAUACGCGGCUACGAGUGCUAG